AUGAUUACUGCUGUCGCAAAAGGUUAUUGUAACGGGACAUAUCGCUAUGCAUUAAUGCCAAAUUCAUAUAAACUUGUCAUAUAUCCCAACUGGAUUAAUUGUGAUGAUUUCAUGGGUUUCAUUUUGGAUCGAUCGCAGAGGACGCCUCGACACAGGACCAAGGAUACCUUCCGCCCGGAUGUUCCGAACUGUGCUCGACUCGAAUUCAAAAGAGCACAGACGAACAAGAACAGAAUCCGCAUGGGUCUUUGUCUCCGGGUGCAGAAGGGCGGAUUUGUUGUGCUACCACGUGAAGCCUCUCAGUCAAAAGCACGUUUCCCAACUGCAAAGUUUGCUGUGGACGCUGGAGCGUGUCAAGGUAAUGGUCUCCGUUUUGGACUGCCUCAAGUGAGCUACGUUAAAGCGAUUGAUCUCUGGUACGGAGCGUGUAUGCUUUUUGUAUUUUCUGCAUUAUUGGAAUUUGCCAUAAUCAACAGUUAUAUGAGAAAAUCGGAGAAGUUCGAUUCAAUAGGGAAGCGGAUUCAUUCGAGCCUAGCUACUGGAAGAAGUGAAUCCUAUCGUUCCAAACAAAGAAGAGCUGCUGUAUCGUCUAUAUGCAGUAAACCAUUGGAAUGCAAGAAUUCAAAUGGUUUCUACGAAAGCGAAAAAGACAAUAAGCAGGGCAUAAGGUUCAUUGAUGACGUCACAACACCAUCAUCGAAACCAGAUCGUCGAGCAUCAAAAGUGAAGUCCUUGGGUGUUUCACUACUGAAGCGGCCAUCCGUCAGUGAAAAUAUACAGUUUAUCGACAACAACUGUGAAAAAGAGGAGUGUCAUCAGAGUCCUGGUGUGAAUCUCGCGAAGGCGACGUCGCUGUUGCCGCCUUGCCUGCAACGUGGUAAUGGUCUCCGUUUUGGACUGCCUCAAGUGAGCUACGUUAAAGCGAUUGAUCUCUGGUACGGAGCGUGUAUGCUUUUUUGUAUUUUCUGCGUUAUUGGAAUUUGCCAUAAUCAACAGUUAUAUGAGAAAAUCGGAGAAGUUCGAUUCAAUAGGGAAGCGGAUUCAUUCGAGCCUAGCUACUGGAAGAACUCUGCUUUUCCACAGAACAGAUUCUUAGGAGCUGCUGUAUCGUCUAUAUGCAGUAAACCAUUGGAAUGUAAGAAUUCAAAUGGUUUCUACGAAACGAAAAAAGACAAUAAGCAGGGCAUAAGGUUCAUUGAUGACGUCACAACACCAUCAUCGAAACCAGAUCGUCGAGCAUCAAAAGUGAAGUCCUUGGGUGUUUCACUACUGAAGCGGCCAUCCGUCAGUGAAAAUAUACAGUUUAUCGACAACAACUGUGAAAAAGAGGAGUGUCAUCAGAAAAGGAUGGAAUCAUCCGCCUUGUCAAUUUACGACAACGUGGCAUCGCCUUGGCGGAAUCUCGACACUGCUCUGCUUGAGGACGAAGACAGCGGUUCUGAUAACGACAUCUCGUGGAAGUCCUGUCCAUCAAAGAAAGUACAUUCAGUAUGUCAGCGCGUUUCCAGCACUGCAACAGUAGUUACAGACGAUGCCGGUGUCUAUAUGAAGAUGUCCCGAGAAUAUUCAAGGCAAGCGCUAAGAAUAGACAAACAAUGUCGAUACGGAUUUCCUCUCACCUUUCUAGCGUGGAAUCUAUGGUAUUGGUGGUAUUACCUAGUAUUUCAAAAAGUCGACUACUUUCUCACGGACCAGUGA